CACCGAACUCUUGACAACAAUAAUAACAACGACCGCGGAAACUUAACCGACCAGCUUUCAGUCUAGCCUAAAGUUACAAAUAUAUCUCCCGUAACUGCGCCGCCAUUAACUAAUGGUAUGGUAACAAGUCAGUGCUGGUGUUUUCUCCUGCAACAAAAGACAUCCUGCAUAUAGUGUUGUGUACAAUGUUUUUUUUAUUUUGCACUCGUGUUUGUCGAACGGCUCAAACUUCACCGACCUUCAGCCGACUUCAGUGUCAGAAACAAUCUUGUCAUGGCUGGAGCUUGAGAAGUCCUGGGGCAGUCUCAACCUCGGCGAUUUGUUCGGGUCGUUCUUCUGUUUCUCACAGAACUAUUUUGCUAAGACUUGUUUCCUCGGCUUCAGUCGGUGUCCCACAUUUUCCUGUGAAGGGGUUUCACACUUCAGCUGGACUCCACGCUCCUCCUGCUGCACUACUGUGGCUGCUGGUCAAACCUCUGCAGAAGGUCAUAGCCAUCAUCGUGGGAAGAAGUAUCAGGAAAUGGUGGAAGGCUUUGCCCCCCAAUAAGAAGCAGCUCUUGCGCGAGUGGGCAUGGCAGCGACGCUGGCGUCUGGCGGGAGCUGGCACAGGGUUGAUGCUCUUCAUCUCUCUCUUCUUUUUCACCUACAUGGAAGAGAGUCCUCUGACUGGCAGAAGCCGGUUACUGGUUUUCAGCAAGGAUACCUUAAUUAAACUGACUGAGCAUGCUUCAGAAUUGUGCUUAGAGGAGCACGAGAAUUCGUUGAUCCCCGAUUAUGACCCCAGGCAUCAGGUGGUUAAGCGAGUGGUCCAACACUUGGUCGAUCGAAACCAGGAUAUUGAAGGGAUGAAAUCUGUUCCCUGGACCAUUCACGUGAUCGAGAGCCCCACUGUCAACGCUUACGUCCUGCCUAAUGGGAUGAUAUUUGUCUUUACAGGAAUGCUGGAGGCUGUUGGAGACAUCCAUCAGCUGGCUUUUGUCCUGGGGCAUGAGAUGGCCCACGCUCUGAUCGGACAUGCUGCAGAGCAGGCUAGUUUGUCCCAUGUGCUGGAUUUGUUAUCUAUGGUCCUGUUGACAAUGAUUUGGGCGAUCUGUCCUCGUGACAGUCUUGCUUUGUUGGGCCAGUGGAUACAAGGCAAACUAGUUGAGCUUUUGUUUAACAGACCUUACAGUCGGAAACUAGAAGCAGAGGCUGACCAAAUCGGACUGCAGCUGGCAGCGAAGGCAUGUGUGGAUGUGAGAUCCAGCCCUGUCUUUUGGCAGACGAUGGAGUUAUCCGAUCAAUUAUCAGAAGAAUCCACUAUGCCUGAGUGGUUUUCCACCCACCCCUCCCACCGCAGUCGCGUCACACAACUUGACCACCUUGUUCCUGAGGCUUUAGAGCUCCGUGCGAGAUGCGGCUGCCCCGCUCUUUCUGAACCUGAUCCCCGGCUUGUCUUUUCCAAGGUGGCACAACAGCUGCUCAAGGAUGCAGAGAAAGGAAAAAAACAAGCCAAAGAGUUGACGGAGAGCGAGCGAGCGGAAGGAACGCAGCAGAGAGUCCAGCCUCCUUUAGGGGUAGCGUUGGCUCUGGCAGCUCAACAACAGACUCUGCUCAGUAAAAACUGAGACUUGACUGAAAUCAGACUUCUGAGUAUAGAGUUUUAACCACAAGCAAACAGAACGAAGGGUCUUUUUAUAUUAUAUGCCAUAAAUAAUAACUUUGUUAUUUACUUUACAUGUUUACCACAGAAGUCACAUGCUUACUUUCAUACCACAAUCUGGUAGUAACAUAGCUUAAUAUUUGAUUUUGGCAACAAUGGGAAUGAACGUUACUUGAAUAUAGAGAUGUUGGUCUUGUAGCCAGCUGUGACUAAUCUGUUUACUCGACUACCACACGGAAUUUCUGUCCGAGUGAGUUUUUAUCUGUGAGAAAUGUGAAGUCUGUAACUUAUAAUCUGUCAGCUAUCGCCUCCCAUAUGAAUGUAAGCAUCAUCUGAACGAGGCAGCGAUUGUAAAGAUUACGACGGUUUAGUUAGCGUUAAUGUUAGGAUUAGCGUGAUAACCUGAAAAAGCUAUAAUUAACUUUUAGAUUUCACUUAUUCACAAAAAGCCAGAAUCAGCCUUUAUAUUGGUUUUGAGUAUAUUACAUAUUUUUUAUUGUGUUUACGCUACUGUAUGCUUGAAUAUAUUUGGGGUAAAGCACUCAAAAAGUCAAAUAUUUGUGGUCAUUUAUGACAAGUGUGGAAUUAAAUAAAAUGCUGUAUCAUGGAAAAUCUCUGUUUGGGGUCAUUUGGACAAAUAGUUCCAGGGACCAGGUGUAUAGGUGAAUGGUUGGCUCGGGGAUUUUCUUAUCACUGUCAUUGUAGCUCAUUUAAAAAAAAAAAAAUAUAUAUAUAUAUAUAUUUUGGGGUCAAUGAACUGAACUAAAUAAAUGCUUUUCUUUUUAAAAUGUGAAAUCUUUAUACGUAUACAGUGUGUGUGUUUUUAUAAGAAUGUUCCACUUGACCAUGUGAUCGCUGAAGAUAAAUAAAAUAAAAUAAAAAUAACAACGUUUUUAUCAUUGC